GUGGUGGAGAUGCACGAUGUGACGGUGCAGGAUCCCAAGCUGCUAGUCCACUUGAAGGCCACCCGCAACUCGGUCCCCGUGCCCCGCAACUGGUGUUUUAAAUGUAAAUAUCUCCAGGGGAAGAGAGGCAUCGAGAAGCCGCCAUUUGAGCUGCCGGAAUUCAUUAAGCGCACCGGGAUCCAAGAGAUGAGGGAAGCCCUGCAGGAAAAGGAGGAACAAAAAAACAUGAAAUCCAAAAUGCAGGAGAAAGUCUGGCCGAAGAUGGGCAAAAUCGACAUCGAUUACCAGAAACUGCACGACGCCUUCUUCAAAUGGCAGAUCAAGCCAAAGCUGACCAUUCACGGUUACUUGUACUACGAGGGCAAAGAGUUCAAGACACGUCUGAAGGAGAAAAAGCCGGGAGAUCUUUCAGACGAGCUGCGCAUCACCCUGGGGAUGCCCGUGGGGCCGAACGCCCACAAAGUUUCCCCUCCGUGGCUGAUCGCCAUGCAGCGCUACGGCCCACCACCUUCCUACCCCAACUUGAAAAUCCUGGGUUUGAAUUGUCCCAUCCCAGAGGGGUGCUCAUUUGGAUAUCACUCCGGAGGUUGGGGUAAACCACCUGUGGACGAGACAGGGAAGCCACUCUAUGGCGAUGUCUUUGGGACCAAUGCUGCUGAAUUCCAGGCUAAGACCGAAGAAGAAGAGAUAGACUGGACCCCUUGGGGGGAACUGGAGCUGUCUGACGAAGAAUCCUCAGAGGAGGAAGAAGACAAGGAUAGCGACGAAGAGAAGCCGGACGAGAGGGGCUUCAUCACCCCUGCCGAUAGCGGCCUAAUCACCCCAGGGGGCUUCCCUUCGGUGCCCGCUGGCAUGGAGACACCGGAACUGAUUGAGCUGCGUAAGAAGAAGAUUGAGGAAGCCAUGGACGGAAGCGAGACGCCCCAACUAUUCACAGUUCUUCCAGAGAAGCAGAUGCCAACAGUCUAUGACAUGACCACGGUCAUGAGCCGCAAAGGGCCAGUUCCCGAAAUCCAAGGGGUGGAAGUCGCCCUGGCGCCUGAGGAGUUGGAGCUCGAUCCCAUGGUCAUGACUCAGAAGUACGAUGAGCACGUGUGAGAACAACAGGCUCAAGUGGAGAAGGAGGAUUUUGACAUGGUGGCCGAGCACGCGGCCAAACAGAAGCAAAAGAAGCAGAAAGCACAGCCUCAGGACAGCCGAGCCAGAGCCAAGAAAUACAAGGAAUUCAAGGUCUGAAACGCCCUCCUCUCUUUUUUUUCCCUUCUUGUUUUUUUUUUUAAACACCUUCUCCGUCUCCCCGCCGCCUACCCUAAAAUCUUCCCUCUGUUUUUCUUUUUGUUUUGUUUCUUUUGCAUCUUUGUGGUUAGAGCUCAGAAACGGAUUGUUUUGUAAAUAAAAGUCAGAGAUUCUG